ACGGAGGAAUUAAUAAACGGUUCAAAAUAAAAUUAAGAAACACACCCAAAGUCAAAGUCUGUAUAAACAAGGCCUCACACUCACAGUACGGCCAUUCACAUUACUCUCUUAUCUCUUUCACCCAAUCCAACAAUGUCGUCCUCUGCAACUUCCGACGACAUCCUCCACGACUUCACGCCCCUUCUCCGCCACUACAAAGAUGGCCGAAUCGAACGCCUCAUGGGCGGCGCCGCCGUCCCCCCCUCCCUCGACCCCACCACCGGCGUUCAAUCCAAGGACGUCCAGAUCUCACCGGAUCUCCCUAUCUCCGCCCGCCUCUACCUCCCCAAAACCGCCGCCGCACAGGCCACGAAAGUCCCCCUCCUCUUCUACUUCCAUGGCGGCGGUUUCCUAAUCGAAUCCGCCUUCUCCUCCGUCUACCAGAAGCACCUCAACCUCCUCACGUCGGCAGCCAACGUCGUCGCCGUGUCCGUCGAGUACCGCCUGGCGCCGGAAAAUCCUCUCCCGGCGGCCUUCGACGACGCCUGGACCGCCGUCAAUUGGGCGGCGUCCGACGCCGCCGACGACUGGAUCAAACGCCACGGCGACUUCGGCCGCGUCUACCUAGGCGGAGACAGCGCCGGCGGGAACAUAGCUCACAAUAUCGCCCUCCGUUUCGGCCGCGGGAAUCCCGCCGGAAUGAACCUAGUCGGCAUGUUUCUGAACUGCCCGUUCUUCUCAGGGAAGGAUCCGAUCGGGGAUGAGCGUUCCGACACGGGCGUGUUGGGGAAGAUCUUCACGGACAAGAUGUGGUUCUACGCGUGCCCGGGGCUGACGGGGCUGGACGAAGCGUGGGUGAAUCCGAGCGCCGAUUUGAAGGUGCUGUCGGGGCUGAAGUGCGGGAGAGUGUUGGUGUACACGGCGGGGAAGGACUAUUUGAAGGACAGGGGGCGGCAGUACACGGCGGCGGUGGCGGAGAGUGGGUGGGGCGGCGAGAUUGAGGCGGUGGAGGUGGAGGAAGAAGGGCACGUGUUUAGCGUGCUGGAUCCUGACGGGGAGAAUAGCCAGAAGAUGUUUGCUAGAGUGGCUUCUUUCAUUAAUCGGCCAUGAAUGAGAUUCAGGUUCAGACACACAUCUCAUCAUUAUUGCUUUGUCGGGCCUAAUUUAUACGGGUAUCAGGUAUCAUAUGUUUAUGCCGUGUGCAUAAUUUUCGGAUAGCGUCAACAGAUUCCUACGUCUUAAAAAUAAGACUAAAUUGCAUCAAAUUUCUUUUUCCCGUGCCACGGUUUACUUCUUGGAUUCAAUUUCUUUGUUUUAUGGUAACUUAUUUACUUGUGGUUU